UCAGCAUUGGUUUCUAUUUUCUCUCCACCAUCGUCGUUAUUGUUUUGUCUCGCAGUGUUGAGAAAUUUUCUCGGUUGUUUUGUUUCAUUUCUCUGUUCAAAUUUAUUGGCGUAUCUGAUCAGAUUCUUCAGUUGUUUGCAUAUCCUCAUAUUCAUCAAGAUCUGUGACUGUGACGGAAAUUGAGAUCUGUUGGUGUUUCUUUUUGUAUUUUAGGUAGGUGGAUUUGUUCGAAAUGGGAAGACUAUUCGUGAUAGACCUCGAAGGACAAAUAUAUAGCUGCAAGCAUUGCCAGACACAUUUCGCAGUUGCCGAUGAUCUACUCUCAAAGUCAUUUCACUGCAAGCAUGGAAGGGCCUAUCUUUUCGAAAAUGUUGUCAAUGUGACGGUUGGAGAGAGGGAGCAUCGCAUCAUGAUGACUGGUUGGCAUACUGUAGCUGAUAUCUUCUGCGUUAGCUGUGGCUCUCUUGUUGGCUGGAAAUACGAAAUUGCAUAUGAGAAGUCUCAGAAGUACAAGGAAGGAAAAUUUAUCAUAGAAAGGUUUAAAGUGCUUGGACCCGAUGGAGACGGAUACGACAUGAACCAGGACGAGCCGAUGAUUGGAAGCGACGAAGAAGAGUAAAAAUUGGAUUCUCUUUUCUUUUACGAGCCAAACAUUGGAGUUAAUUAGCAUGUGGUCAAUGCAAAUUUCGACAUUUUUUCGGGUAAGCGUACAGAAGAAACCAAAUAUUCAUAUGAUAAAUAAAUUUA